AUGGCUCGGAUCCCCGCGCUGCAUCUUUCCCGUUGCGUCCUGCUCGUCUCGGGGCUGGUGCUCGCCCUGUGCCCGGUCGCGUGCACAGCGGAGGAGCACGGGAGCGACGCGGGGGGCGACGGAGAGACACCGUGCGAGCUCAAGACCGUGACCGUGUCCACUCUGCCCGUGCUCCGGGAGAACGAGUUCAGCUUCACUGGAGGAGGUGGAGCUGGAGCUGGAGGAGGUGCAGGGGGAGGUGGAGGUGGAGGAGGAGGUGCAGGGGGGAGCUCCGGUGGUGGGACAGGGGCCACGGCCGGAGGGGAGUCCCGGCUGCUGCUGUUUGUGCGCACGGACAUACCGGGACGCGUGUUGGUGGUGGAUGAUCUGGAGAAUACUGCUCUCCCGUACUUUACUCUCGUUAAGCACAGACUAACUUCAUCACGGCAGAACAUCAUCAUCCUCGUGGCUGUGCAGAGGCAGCAGGAGCAGACACUUCCCUGGUUCCAUUCAGACGCAGGGUUUCUCUCUUUAAAUAACGGUGACAAACGCUGA